AUGAGGGUCUUCCAUGCUGUUCUUCUUUCUAUUGCAAUAGGCCAAAAAGACUUUGCCCAAGUUGAAAAAAGUAUGGACUCAAAAGACUUGAUGUUUCGAAGAAAUGAAAACCAUCAACCAUCUGUCUCGAACGAAGAAGUAAUAGAGGUGGUGGAUGACAACAAAGCUCAACCUUUUGAUUUAUUACCUGCUGAGCCAGCGCCUGAAUCACUCGUUGAAUUUGUGGACGAAACCGACCACAAUGAGUCUCAGGGUGGUAGCAAUGAAUUGAAAAACAGAAAAGCCUCAAAAUCCUCUCUGGAAAGCAACAAUUCUUUCGUUCCGGAGACUGUUUAUAAGGCUCAACGAAACAACCGGUAUGCCUCACUGAUGCCUAACCGGCAAAACGGUCACAUAAAUACAAAAGAAAGUGUAAAAAGACAACAUACAUUCAAGUCAAUUAUAGUUCCAAGGGUUUCCAUUCCUGGUAAACAAGGGAUAUUAAUCAGAAAUAAGGAGCGCAAUGGGUCAAGCGCCCAUGACGAUUUCGACAAGUUCAUUUCUACGAUAGGGCUAGAUAAAUCGUCUAAUCUGAUUCGCGUGAUUCCUGAGAAGGAUAUUACUUUUAGCCCAACCCGGAAAACCAAGAAAGCACACUGGUCAACGAAAACUAUCAAAGGAACGUCCAAGAGUCUAUCCGAUGCACCACAGUCAGUCAACGUGUCUAAGGAUUUACCUUUAAAGGAGAACGGGAGCAUUUUGCCCCUGAAACCUCAAUCAGAAGGGAAAAGUCAAUCAAAAUCAAAAGAACAAUAUCAAACAAAAAGCAAUUAUAGUGUCAGCGGGAAAGUUCUUUCUUCGGCGAACACGACGGGAUCACAGCAGCCAACUGAAGUGCAGAUUACAACCCUUUACAACAGAACUCAAGUUGGUUCUAUAGCUGCUGAGCAGAAAAUUGACAAGAACUGUACCAAAACACUGAGGUUGCAAGACAAUUGCGGAAAAACCCAAGGAAGUGAUAGCGUAGAACUGAAUGAAAAAACGAACAUAAUAGACCCUGCAAAAAUACCGCAGAAUUCUAGUAACAGCAAUUCCUCUAAAGAAAAUCCUCGCAAUUCUAAUAACAAGCCAAAUCAGCUACCCGCUCUGAAGGUAGUCCAUGAUACUAAAGAUACGUCUGCUUUUAACCUGACUAAUCCGUCGGCCACCCCGAUGAUGAGACUUAAUCCUACAAUUACGAAACAUUUGUACGAUUUAAUAAGGUUCUUUAAAACCUUCAAUUUUCCAGUUAAUGAUACAAAUAAUGACCUCGGAUCAAACAAUGUGACUCAUACAAAUAAAACCAUGGGGAGAAAUAAUGCAACAAACAAAAGCGACAAGCACAUUUUGGAAAAUAUGCAGAGAGUUUUAAAUUUUUUCCAGGCUAACAGAUCCGAUGAAAAUGACAUGAGAAACGUAAUAGGACUGACAAACACUUCUCGCUCGCCUUCAUAUGACAAGGGAAAACGGCUCCAGCUAUCGAUUUACAGCGGGUGGAAAACGGCAAGUAAACACAAAGAACUUCAGUUAAAGGAAAGUGACUCAAAGAUUCUCAGACAGACUCAAAGAAUCAAGUUUUCCUCUAAGACAGAGGAAAACUUGACUAAAAAUGAAGGGGGAGCUCUUGAGAUUCGUCUUUUUGAGUUAAUGAAAAAUGUUAGUAGAAAAGAACUUGAUAACCUAAAGAACGACAUCUUGAAAGCACUACACUCAAAACGACUGAAGACUGAUUUCUCGGGAGAACAUAACCAGACAACUCAACGGCAACAUCAUAACGAUCUAGGAAAACAGGGAACCAUAAAAAACCAAAAGCAACAUGCACUAAAAGCAGUACCUCACCAAAUGCAACAGAAAAGCGCACAUCAAAACAUUGAUAAUGCUUUUGAACUCGGCCUGACUGAAUUGAUGAAAAAUGUGAGCCAAAAAGAGCUUGAGAAAUUGCGAAAUGACAUCAUAAAAACAUUGAGUUUCGAACGACUGAGGAGUUUCUUAAGAGAACAGAAGCAUCCUCAUUUGCGACCACAACAUCACAUGCCUCUUGAAAAACAAAGCAAAGUAUAUAAACAAAUACUGAAUGGGAAUAAUAGCAACGGAACAAACCUUGGAAAAGGGCAACUUGAACAGAAGCAAAAGGUGCACGAUCACACAGAGAACGUGUACCUGUUUCCACAUGGAAAAGUCGACAUAAAGAUUGCUCAGCCAAAUCAAACAGGGAAAAAUAAAGACCAUUACCACAAUCAGGAGAACAAAGAAGCUGGGAAAGCGAUGUUGCUUCUUAAAAAUUUUCAAGUUAAGAGGCCGCGACUUCUAAAGCUAAAGAUGGCUUAUUCAAAGAAUUCUAAAACACAUCCAAACUGCAGCUCGGUCAACUUAAAUGGGGCCGCGAGACUUAUUGAGAAUGGGUGUCAGCAAAAAUUGACUUCUAAUAAUUCGGUCUUCCUUACCGAUCAAAUCAAACACUUCUUCAAAGACUACCUUGCAACUACAAAGUUAGAUUCCGGUAAUGACAAUCAAAAACACCUGAAGGAGGGACGACGAAAACAGCAGGAGGAAAGUUCCUCCACUUCAAAAGAAAAAGGGGAAAAACCUUUGAAUGAAAAACAGGGUGUCACAAAGGAAACAAGAGUCAACAAAAUAACGAACUUUCGUCUGCAUGAGCAAUCACCAGAGGUCGGACAAACGCAAAUUCCAGCUAACCACUCUUCAAAACAUCGUGCAGCAUCGAGCAUGUCUUAUGUAGCGACUUCUACAAAAAUUCAAAACUGUAGUAAUCACCAUUUGAAGCACCAAAACGAACUUGGAUGUCAUCAAAAAGUCACUUUUAACCCAUUAGCUGUUCUUGCAGCUUCUGUUGUACAUCCCAAGUUCGAAGGAAUCAAGCCAGAGACUUCUAGUAAUCUUCAUCUGAAUGCUUCGCAUAAUGAUUCCGCGUUUGGGAGUCGUCCACUAUUCAGACUGACGAAAAAGCUUCAAAAUAAAGGUGGGAAUAGCGUGAUUAUAACAAAACCCCCAACAGUUUCAAAACUAACAAUGCAUCAUGAUGUAAAUGACGUUAACCCGAAUAUACCCACCCAGGAAGGAGCGGAUCUUAUAGGAGAAUAUUCUCAAACGCAAACUCUGGUGCAAAAACUAGGACCAGAUGAAGUUGAAUUGACUGAGUACGUCGAACAAGGUAAGCCAUGAUUCCACGAUGCAAAGUUCCCCUUUAUGUCCAAUGUCUGAGUUUCGAGAUCAGGCUAUAGAGUACAUUGCACUGCGCCUACUAGUGACAAAUUACUCUUGUGCAAAAGCAAUAUAAUUUUAAGAGAUGGUUGGUUCACGAAAGAUUAAAUGUUUGCAUGAAGAGAACAAGUAGGAGUAGAGUUCUUCGAUUAAAAAAGACAGAAAAAAAAAAGCCUUUUUAUAGUUUAAAGGCCCAGGGCUUUUUAUGCAAGGGAAUUUAAACCUUUUUAUUCUGUUGAUAAUAAAUCCCACGGUGGAAUAUUUAAAUGUCACCUACGUAGUCUUUUAUGGCAUGAAUUUCAUAUCUUAUCGUUCGCUUUUCAGCAUUUCACAAAAAGAAAUUUGAAUUUUCCGCUUUGUCGAUGGUACUGUUCGAGGUAAAAGGUUUAAUGACACGUACGACGUUUAACAAUACUAAUAACUUUACUGACAGCGCCUGAUAAAGGGAAUCUCACAGUUGUGUGGUCCGAGUGGUCACCCUGUUCAGCGUCCUGUGGCAAUAAAGCCACUAGGAGAAGAACUCAGUACAGAUGCAUAAAUGGUUCGCGCGAGAUUAGAGAAUGCGACGUCGGCGGUGAGCAGCAAGAAACAUGUGCGAAUAAGCCUUGUCCAGGUAUGUAUGUAUCAAUAACUAUGCCACCACAUUUCGCAUUUUACACAUGACGAAACAUUACAUGUCUUCGGGACAAUGUACAGCUAAAACCUUGUAUGAAGUAGACCUCAUGUAAAGUAUCUGCCAGACUUUCAUUCUAUAAUCUCUACGAAGAAACCUAUAGAUAAGCUCCUACGCAGACGUUCUUAGGGAUUCGUCAGGAGUUACUUCUCCACGUGUGUCUAUACUUCCGAUGUAUAAAUUAAAUGUACUGCGUCUAUUUCUAGUCAACGGUGGUCUGAGUAAGUGGUCAGAGUUUAGCCAAUGUUCAAGGACUUGCGGAGGAGGGGUGAGCAAGCGCCAUCGUCAAUGCAACAAUCCAGAACCUCUACAUGGAGGAAGGAAGUGCGAUCAGAGUGACAUGCAAGAAACAAGAUCGUGCGGCAACAUUAAGUGCAUAAAUAUUCUCAAGGGUAAGUGUACAUUGAAAAAUACCCUUAUUCAAUAUUCACUCCAUCAGAGGUGGGCAUUACACAUAAGACCUUUGCGUGAGGUGUCCACGAAAUAUCAAAAAGCGUGCAACUGCAAGCUUGCCAGCUUAGUGCGGGACCGUUUUUGCUUGUUUGUUUUGUUUUAGAGAGCACGGGAACGUCGUGGUCUUAUAGGAGUAGUUCGUAGUCUUAUAGGAGGCGGCGUUGCCGAGCGGUAAGGGCGCUGGACUUGAAAUUCGGAGGCCCCGAGUUCAAUUCCCGGUCUGACCGUUAGCUGGAUUUGUUUUCGGUAGUCCCGAGUCCAAUUCUCGGCCUCACUUAGCUAACUGGUUAGCAUCCGACCAGUUGGGAUUCUUAACCAUGUUAUGUCUCAUUUAAAUUAGUUUCAAUAUCCCUGAAAAGCCCUACAAGGGGAGAGGAUAAUUAAAGUAUUAUUAUUAUUAUUAACGUCGUGCUGGAACAUUCGAUAACAGAGUUUUUCGGCUGCAAUAAAAAGACUGGACAGAGUGAACAAUCUUCAUUACUACCUUAGAAGUUUUUCAUCUAAGUUGAUUUCUCUAAAUUUACUAUAGGUAUUCACGUUGCUAAAGUAGACCCUAAAUCACUCUGCGAGUUUAAUCCUUGCGAAGAAGUUGGCUGUUUGUAUGAACCAGCAGCAAAAUGUAUUGUCAAUUUUGAUUGCAACCCGGUCUUCUUCGACGCCGAAGGCAAUAUGCUCCCAAAGUGCAAAGGUAGGUAACUGGUUACGUCAAAAUAAGCGCAUCUUGUAAGCACCGUCAAGGGAGUCCACUCAGGCCAGGAAGGUCUAGAGAGGGUGCCGGAUUUAUGUGUCUCAUGGUCAUGCAAGGCAAGUAAUAGUAAGAUCUUAGUUAAUAUAUCGUCUCCUUUACCUUUCUCGUACUACAUAUUUAGUACUUUCUUAAUUUCGAAGAGAGUAAUCUACGAAGUCUUAAUCGUUAAAUGCUCAAUACAUUUUUAUUCCGGUGAAGUAGAUGUGCGAACUCUAACAUUUAUGUAACGUAGUCAUCUUUAGAUCAAGCAAUACUUUUCUUAAACAAGGGAUUCCAGGGAUUUCCUCUUCUCAGUCACAGCAACCUAGUGGAUGGUGCACCCAAACAUGCCAUAAUUCGAACUAUAAAUUUCUAAGCCAAUUUUAUUUAAACUUUUAUAGGAAAGAACGGGCUGUAUUCUCGCAUUCCUGAUGUAAUUUGUAACUUCAAUCCCUGCCUCUCCGAGCGGUGCUGGGAAAUCAGAGACCAGUGUGUCGUUGACUUCAAUUGCAGACCUGUGUUCAUUGGAAUUGACACACGAUCAAUACCAUUGCGAUGUCGAGGUACCCGCAUUGGCCAUUUACUUUGCAAAAUUGUCAGGUUACAAAAUUAUAUUUACACUCACAGACAUGCACUACACAAACACUUGCUAUAGGAAGAUCUAGUGUUUAACACAUCGUGUCAUGGGUUUGGCAACAAUAUCAAAUGAACAGUCCUUUAAAGCCUCCACGGUUGGAGAGCGGCUCUCAAUUAAGUUCUGCUAAGGGUAACGUUCCUGAUCAACCCUGACAUCAUAUCCGACUGCACCCUUACAUUUAAGGACCAACUAUACACAAUAAGUAGUGAAUAAUGAUGCGCUUGAGACGUACAAACACGCCUCGGAUGUAAGGACAACCGCACUCCCAUACCAUGGUUGGGACACUCUUUUUCUUGUUCUUUACUUUUGGACCAAUUUCUCGUAUAAAAUAUAUUCUUAAUAAAAUAACUGCCAAGUCUGUCUCUUAUGUGUCUUAUCAGUUGGUAGCGCUGUACGAGUCGAUCAGAUCAAAAGCUACCAGAGCUGGAAUCAACUAAGUUAUAACAAACAACUCCCGGUAACCCUGGCAAGUGAGGUGAUGCCAUCAUUUACGCGCCUCUGGUACCAAGUG